AUGUACAAAAUCAAAUGGAGUUUGUAUCCAUUUUCUUUCUCCUUUUUUUCUUAUUUUUCCUUCAAUUCUUUGUUCGUUUCAUCUGUUCCUAUCCUUUCAUCAUUCCCUUCCUUUCAUUUUCUCUCUCUUUCAUUCCUUUCCUCUAUUCUUUCUCUCUCUCUCUCUUGCAUUCCCCUCCUUUCCCUAUUUCACUCCCUUUCUUGCACCCCCCUUCCUUUCUCCCUUUCUUUCUCCCCCCUUCCCCUUCUCUCCCCCCCUUCUCUCCCCCCUUCUCAUUCUCUCUCUCUCCUCAUUCUCCUUCUUUCUCUCUCUCCUCUUUGUCCUUCCCUCUUUUCUCUUUCUCUCUCCUUCCUUCCCCUUCUCUUUCCUUCCUUCCCCUUCUCUUUCUUUCUGUUUCCUCUCUUACUUCCUUCUGUUUCCUUCUCACUUUCUCUCAUUCCCUUCCCCUUAUCUCUCUCAUUCCCCUUCUCUCUAAUCACUUUUUCACAUUUCUUCUCCUCCUCUCUCUCUCAUUCAUUUCUCCUUCUCUCCCUUUCACUCAUUCUGUUUUACCCUUAA